UCUCAGUGCUUAUAAAAGCCCCUGCACACCCUCACUAAGAACCACAGAGAAAAGCCUGAAGCAGAGAAAAAGAUGGCAUCUAGAUUCAUAAUCUUCUGUCUUCUGUUCUUUGUGUGUGGUCACGCCAAUGGAGCAAGGGAUGUACAACAAUACAAAAACGCAUAUGGAGCUGCCAAAAACAUGAAGGAAGUGGAGGAUUCUUCGUAUGGGCCUUACAUAACUCAGUACAAUUCUGGACACAACUCAAGGGAAGCAGAAGUGUCAUACCCAACUAGUUAUGGAACCAAAGAAGGCAGAAGAGAAGCGGAGACUCCUUACAUAACUCAAUACAAUUCAGGGCAUAUCUCAAAGGAAGCAGAAGUGACAUACAUAACCAAUUAUGGAACCAAAGAAGACAUAAAAGAAGCUGAGACGCCUUACAUAACACAGUACAAUUCAGGGCACAACUCAAAGGAAGCAGAAGUGACAUACAUAACCAAUUAUGGAACCAAAGAAGACACAAAAGAAACUGAGACACCUUACAAAAUGAGUUAUGAAACCAAAAAAGGCACAAAAGAAAUUGAGACACCUUAUGUAAUGAGUUAUGGAACCAAAGAAAUUGAAACACCUUACAUAACUGGGUAUAUUUCUGCACAAGGCAAAAAGGAGUCAGAAGAAGUUGAAAUGCCUUACAUAACCGGGUACAUCUCUGCACAAGGCAAAAAGGAGUCAAAAGAAGUCGAAGUUUCGCCUUACAUAACCGGGUACAUCUCUGCACAGGGCAAAAAGGAGUCAAAAGAAGUCGAAGUUUCGCCUUACAUAACCGGGUAUAUUUCUGCACAAGGCAACAAGGAGUCAAAAGAAAUUGAAACGCCUUACAUAACCGGAUACAUUUCUGCACAAGCUGCAAAGGAAAAGACUGGGACCAAGUGUAAACAUCACAAGCAUGUAAAUCCACCUUCCUCCGACACCAAAAAUUCACAAGAGCCGCCAUUGAAGGGACAUGAACAUCAUCAUAUGCAUACGCAUUCAUCAUCUCCCAUGGAUCACAAUGAAGCAUUCAAGAUAGGCUUUUUCACGUUCGAUGAUCUAUACAAAGGUAAGAUAAUGCCUCUAAACUUUCCCAAACAAGAACAUUCUCGUUUCUUGCCUAAAGAAGUAGCUGAUUCCAUUCCAUUCGCAAUGCAACAACUCCCACACCUUCUUCAACUUUUCUCAAUCCCACAAGGUUCUCUAGAUGCAAAACACAUGGCAUAUGCACUCGAAGAAUGUGAGAUGAAACCCAUCACAGGGGAGACCAAGUUUUGUGCCACUUCUCUAGAGUCGAUGAUAGAAUUUGUUACCAAGAUCAUUGGUUCUGGUGUUAGCUUCAACAUUCUCUCAACCACACACCCCACAACAUCAACUGCCAUCACACAAAGCUACACCAUUUUGGAAGAACCCAAUGAAGUUUUAGCUUCCAAAAUGGUUUUUUGCCACCCAAUGGCUUAUCCUUAUGCGGUUUUCUUCUGCCACAACUUUGAGAGAGACACCAAGUUCUUCAAAGUUUCACUUGAAGGUGCGAAUGGAGAUAAGGUGGAAGCUAUGGCUGUUUGCCACAUGGACACAUCUGAUUGGGACCCUAACCACAGUUUGUUUGGCCUGCUGGGAAUCAAAGCUGGUGCCUCUUCUCCUGUGUGUCAUUUCUUACCUGAAAAUCAUCUUGCUUGGAUCCCAUCACCAACUAAAGCUACUAUGUGAGUAGGCAUCAAUGUUCUUGAUUGUUAGUUGUUUGUAUCAUAUUUCGUGUCAUGUGUGUAGAAUAAUGAUCAAUUGCCAAGAUUUGGCAGUGUGAUCAAGCAUUCAUGGUAAUGUUUUGAUCCUAGAUCUGCUUUCUAGUUUGUUGUUUGUAAGAGCAAGUUUCAUGUUAAGAAGUGCCUAGAUGUGAUCUUUAUGUCAAACAAGUUGUAGCUUGUAUUCACAACUCAUUUCCCUAAUUUCUUUUUUUUUU